AUCAAUAUAACCCAUCGAAAAAUUCUUUUUGAGAAUAAUUUUUAUUUUUUUUGCGACAAUAUAAUUUCAUUAGCGAAAAAUAAUCUUUCUUUUUUUUACCCUAUAUUAUUUAAUAAAAAUAUAAAAUCUUCUUCCCGGAAAUAGGGCAAGUCCCGACACUGCCAUGAAAGAAAAUAGCUGGUCCGAAGAAGCUGGAAGGUUUACAUUUUUUUCCGAUCAGAUCAUAUUAUCCAAAAUGGAUUUCCCAAAAUCGAUCGGUAGUCGCCGAGGCAAGAACAUCGACACAAAUGAGAAAACCGCGUCACCCUUCGCUUCGCCGUGUAACAGUCUGCUGAGAACUAACUACAAUAUUCGUCACAUGUUAUUCAUCUCUCUUCUAAUAGCAUCCUGCAUUUCUAAUUCCUUAUACGUAGCUGGAGCUGCUAUCGACUGCCAAAAAAACCCAAACGACCCUCAAUGCAAAUCAGGGUCGGACAUCAAAUUGCUUAAUAUACCGGACUCGCGUAAUCUCAGUAAGGAACCCCCACCAUCGACAUCCGAACGCAUACCACCCAUACCUGCCCCAAGGCCGGGGGUUAGUGGCCACCCGGAUCACGAAAAGAACAUGAUCAAAGAUGAGGAUAGAAAACCACAGGACUGUUCAUUACCAUCUGAUGAAGGAUCAUGCAUUAACUUUACCAUGUACUGGCAUUUCGAAAGCAAACAAGGGCAAUGCGCCCGUUUUUGGUACGGCGGUUGCGAUGGAAACGCGAAUCGUUUUAAAAGCAAAGAAGAUUGCCUAAAAUUUUGCGUUAAUUUAGAUCCGGAGAAAUCUUGCAAUCUACCCAAAAUAGAGGGGACUUGUGAGGAGAGCGUGCCUGUAUUUUACUUUGACACGGAGUCGAAGGCCUGCUUCCCGUUCGUUUACAGCGGGUGCGGAGGCAACGGUAACAAAUACGCGACGCUAGCGGAAUGCGAAAAGGUGUGUCUAAACAAGGAAACUCCUCCUAAACCUCAAUCCGCUAAACCCAAAAGACCCGAUGAGCCAGAUUGUGAGGGUAAAUGUCCACCAACAGAAAAAAGUGUGUGUAUUUCCCCUAAACCUCAAAUAGCGUCAGAACCUGGUUGCGAGGGAGAGGCCAUUAAACUCUAUUAUUUUAACCUUAAAGAGUGGCUUUGCACGCCUUUCAAUUUUUCUGGGUGCGGCGAAAUAUCUGAAAAUGUGUUUCAAACGUUGGAAGAAUGCGAAACCAUUUGUUCCGAUCACAAUUUAGCCAAGAUUUGUCUUUUGCCUAAGAAAUCCGGGGCUGGAAAUGAAGAAAAAUCACGAUACUAUUUCGAUCCAUUCACUGUCAUGUGUCAGCCUUUCAAAUUUAAAGGUUCCGGUGGGAAUCCUAACAAUUUCGAAACGAAGGAAGCUUGCGAAAGUGCUUGCCAAAGCGCUGGGAUUGAUCCAGACGUCUCCAUUUGUUCCUUGCCGACCGAGCCAGGUAAUUGUCAAAAGAACGAAAGACGUUUUUCAUUCGAUCCCCGCGGUCAAAGGUGUACACCAUUUACCUACACGGGUUGCGGUGGAAAUGCCAACAAUUUUGGCUCCGAAACCGAUUGCAAGGAAUUCUGCUUGCAAGAUUUGGACGAUGAUGAUGCAGAAUCUCCAGGUGAGGCGGACGAAUAUGGUAGAAGGCCAAGUUACCCACCGCCUCUUCAAGCUCAACCCCAAGCGCAAUACCCUCCCCAACCGAGUUAUCCAAGACAACCAGGUUUACCCGGUUAUCCAAGACAGCCCGGUCCACCUUUUCCUUCCGUGGAUCCCUGCUCUCAACCCACGGAUCCUGGCCGUUGCAAUAAAUACGAAAUGAAAUGGACUUAUGACGCUCAGUCACGACAAUGCAAACAGUUUUACUAUGGGGGAUGCCCGGGAAACGAUAAUCGUUUCACGACUCAAGAAGAAUGCCAACAGAAAUGUCUAAGAGGCUCUCCACCACAACAACCUCUAUCACCUUACCCUCUACCUCCAUCUUAUCAGCAAUCUCGUCAACAGGCUCAGCCAUCUCUUCCUCGUCCAAACCCACAACAACAAUACCUACCUCAAUAUGAUGCCUCGUCCCUACAACAGAGGCAACCCCCUAGUCCACAAGGUCAUCCACCGGCUCCUCAACAAGCCCGAUAUCUACCUGCUAGACAACCUGGCCCACCUCAACAAUCCUACCCACCGCCUCAACCAGCCUACCCACCGCCUCAACCAACCUACCCACCGCCUCAACCAACCUACCCACCGCCUCAACCAACCUACCCACCGCCUCAACCAGCCUACCCUCCUCAACAACCAGCCUACCCUCCUCAACAACCAGCCUACCCUCCUCAACAACCUCGAAUGGAUAGCCACCCACCUCAACAUCCGACAGGUGUAGUUGUACCAAAUACUGAACUAAUCACAGAUCUAUUUAUGAUGCCUACCGGAACAGUUUAUUCAAAUGUAGGUUCAACCGUAACUUUCAAUUGCACACCCUACGGACCUGGUGGAUUGAUGGGAUCUAAACCCGGAGCCGAAAAUGUUAAAUGGUCAAAAUCAGGCGGGGAUUUACCUGCAAACGCCAGGGUCGAUAAAGGGCUCCUAACUAUAAAUAACCUAGCGGAAUCGGAUUUCGGUACUUAUGGCUGCUCCCAUUCUAGUGUCGAUUACGUAGUACCAGUGUUCUUGAAGAAGGCCAUCCACGGACCAGCCGGGCCAUCAGUUCAACCUCUACCUGGCGGAGCAAAUAUAUGUUCCUUGCCCAAAGACCCUGGUUCCUGCAGAGAUUUCGUUAUUCGCUGGUUUUACGAUCCCCAGACCCAAAAAUGCGAUCGUUUUUAUUAUGGUGGUUGCGAAGGCAAUAAAAAUAAUUUUAACGAUGCUAAUGAAUGCGCGGCUAAAUGCUCUUCUCAAAAUUUUGGAGGAGGACCUAUGCCACCAGAUACAACCAUAACCACUCCCGUUCCGCAAGCUCAACCAGCUCCCAAUAUUGAUGGACGUUCUAGACCUAUAGGUUACGUUUCUACCAAUCGAUUACCGCCAGAAUGCGAUUUACCUAAAGUCACUGGCCACUGCAAGGAGAGUAAUCCUCGCUGGUUUUUCGAUUACAUAAAGAAGGAAUGCAUCCAGUUCAUAUAUACUGGAUGCGAUGGGAACGCCAACAAUUACGAAACUAAAGAACUGUGUUAUCUGCAUUGUCCUACUCAAAAUAAUAUCGCCGCUCAAUCUGUAAUUUCUUCUCAAUCGGCAUCCUCUUAUCCAGGCCAACAAAGUGCUCCAGGUUAUCCAGGUAUUCCAGGCUACCCGGCUGUUCCAGGCUAUCCAGGUGCUCCAGGCUACCCAGGUGCUCCAGGCUACCCAGGUGCUCCAGGCUACCCAGGUGCUCCAAGCUACCCGAGCGCUCCAGGCUACCCAGGUGCUCCAGGCUACCCCGGUGCUCCAGGCUACCCCGGGAGUCCAGGCCACCAAAUCCCUCCAACCAGACCAGGUUAUCCAGGAGGCCCUGCGCCUAAUCAAGCUCCUAUAGAUGUCAGAAUUUGCGGAUUAGCGCCGGAGGUUGGAAGAUGUCAGAAUUGGCAACCACAAUGGCAUUUCGAUCCCAUCACAAAGACUUGCAAGCAAUUCAUGUACGGGGGAUGUGAGGGAAAUCAAAAUAGGUUCGCUAGCCAACAACUGUGCCUACUAAGUUGCGCAGCUGGAGGGGCUGGAGCAGGGCAGCCUAUAUAUUCUGUACUACCACCGCAGCAAUCUCAUUACCAACAAGACGCUCAUCAUGCUCAACCAGGCAGUCAGCAUCAUCAGCAAAGGCCGCAAAGUCAACAUUCACCCCAAGAUAUCUCUCCCAUUUGUAAUCUUCCUCGUGCUACUGGAAAUUGUUCGGAAACACAUUUACGUUAUUACUUUGCGGAUAACGGCUGCAAACCUUUUAGAUUCAGCGGAUGCGAUGGCAACGCUAACAAUUUUAAAACGCGGGAAACCUGCGAAAGGAAAUGUGGAAUAUAUAAAGAUAUUGAUGUAUGUUCCCAAGUCAAAGAUCCCGGUAGCUGUAAAUCAGAAAUACCAAUGUGGUACUUUGAUCGUUCACAAGGACGUUGCUAUCCUUUUACUUAUGGAGGUUGUGAGGGUAAUGGAAAUCGUUUCCUGGAUCAACAAGAAUGCUCUGAAGUGUGCUCCAAUAGGGGAGUGGAAUCAGGGGUUCAUAGAGAUGGGGGCGCACAGCCACAACCUGGCAACUAUUAUCCAGGCGAGGCUCCCAGAAGACCUUCAACAGUUGAUGUUGCCAGAAUGCCUUUCAAUCCCUCACCCGGGUUCGAACCGCAGAGAACUGUGGCGGCUCAAGAAUAUAUGAAAGAACAAGAAGCUCUACGAAACAAGGAGAAACAAGAUAAAAUAGCUAGAGAAAGAUUAUCAAGUGGAUCCUUGUCUAGUAAUGACGUGAUGGCUUUACAGCCUGGACCUCAAGAAGUCAUUUCUCUUGACCAAAACAGAGGACAAAUGAUUAUUAAUGAAGGUGGUGUAUCCAUAUCGGGACGUCCUUGUGCAUCAGUUCAAUGCGUAAGAUUUUGUCCUUAUGGGUACGGUCAAAAUGCGGGCUGUCAAACUUGCGAUUGCUUAGAUCCAUGCCAAACACAUAAUUGUCCAGGAGAUUCCCAGUGUUUGCUAGAAAGAACCCCGAACUCCGGGCCAGGUUGUGAUAAGCAGACCUCUACACCUGGUACCCCUAAAUGUGUGCCUCAACCAGUGUGCAAGCCUAAGAAGAAACCUGGUACAUGUCCACCCCCAGAUUCACCACCGGGUGGUCAAUGCCCUCCUAGAAUGGGGGCCGAUGGUAAAUCUAUUAAUUACGAAAAAUGUGCUAACGAUGCAUACUGCCCCGAUAGCUCUAAAUGUUGUAGCGACACGUGUGGUGCGACCAAGUGUUUAGAACCCAUUGAACCACACCUGAGAAAAUCUCAAGCCGUGGCGGGAGUUGGAUAUGGUACAGGAUCUUACCCAGGACAGGCUGGCUCGCCAGGAAUAUCGGUCUACCCCGGACAAGCAGGCGCCCCAGGGUUAUCUACAGGCGAACAACAGCGUAUAUGGUUACAGCAAGAGCAGGAUCGUCUAAAUCAAGAGAGAGCCAGGCAACAGCAACAAAGAGGCCGACCUCAAGGGCCAGGGGGUGCCGCUGCUCAAUUGCCAGGGCAACCUGGCCAACCAGAUGUUGUACAACCAAGUUAUGGACGACCAGGAAAACCUGGUUUAGCUGGACAAUCAGGGCAACCUGGUUCACCUGGUCAGCCAGGACAACCAAUUCCAGAACGACGGCCAAGUCAGCCGGGUUAUCCGGCCGAUUCAAUUCAUUCGAGCAUAGCAGUAUAUCCUGGUUAUCCAGGAUACCCUAGUGGAUCGGCACCUCCAGGGUACCCAUCGAGACCUAGCACUCCAGGCAGUCCGGGUUAUCCCGCGAUUCCUGGGUCUCCAGGUUAUCCUGGCAUUCCAUACCCCGGAGCACCAGGAUAUCUAGCUAUUCCUGGACAAAGACCUUCGAUAUCACAGGGUUUACAGCCUGGUCAACAAUUAGGCCAGCCACCAAUCGUACCGGGACAAGACCCUAGUUACGGUGCGGCAAGAUAUCCACCUUACAGCCAACCUGGUCAACCUCCUACGCAACCCGGGUACCCAGGAGCUCCAGGAUCCCCCGGUUAUCCAGGAUCUCCCGGUUAUCCAGGAUCCCCCGGUUAUCCAGGUGGAGUUUUACCGAUCAAUUACGAAACACAAAUCAGGCAGCAGCAGAGGGGUCCCCCGGGUUCACCCUCUCAGCAGCAACAAAAAUAUCCUCAACAAUAUGGUCAAGGACAACCCGGCGCAUACCCUCCACAGCCAGGAUAUCCAGGUCAACAACCCAGUUAUCCAGGUCAACAACCCAGCUAUCCAGGCCAACAACCGGCUUAUCCAGGUCAACAACCGGCUUAUCCAGGUCAACAACCAGCUUAUCCAGGUCAACAACCGGGUUAUCCAGGUCAACAACCUGGUUAUCCUGGCCAAGAACCGGCUUACCCAGGUCAACAACAACGGCCAAGUGAUCCUAGAGCUGCUCAAGCUGCUGCCGCCGCCGCCGCGGCUGCUGCUGCUGCUGCAGGUGUGGCUGUUGCGAGACAACCACCUUCCGCAGGCCAAAGCGCGCCUAAGAUAUCCCCAGCUCCGGGUGAAUAUGUGGUUAGACCUGCAGACAAUGUUGAACUCCCUUGCGAUGCUCAAGGAAAUCCGAAACCUAGAAUAAUUUGGUACAAAGACCGAAAUAUAAUACAGCCCGAUAACGCCCAUACAAUCUUGUUGAACAACGGAAGUUUAAAAAUUAAUCAAGCAAAGGCGGAAGAUUCGGGUGCUUAUAUAUGUCGAGCGGAUAACGGAGUCGGACCCUCUGCUUUAUCCGAUAUAAAAUUAGUUGUUAGCGAUACUUAUACUGUUCCCGGAGUCACACCAGAUGCAGGAAGACCUCCAACACAGGCGCCCCAGGCGACCCCUACCCCAUCUGCUUCAGCUGUUGGGCAAGGUGCUUUAGGAGCAAGAUUAGUAUUAGAUUGUCCAAUGCAAGAUAUAAUCGAACCAUAUGCUAUGUGGCUUAAGGGUGGUAACAAGGUAGACUUGGAUAGCGGAAGAUACACUCAAUUGGACAACAUGUCUUUAGUUAUAGACCCAGUAUUGGCUCAGGAUGAAGGCGUCUACAAAUGUUUAGUCAAUAACCCCUAUGGCGAAUCGGGAAGCGGAGAAGUUGUGGUUCAAUUACAAGAAUCCAUAGGAGCCAAAAUCGAUAGUCAUAGUAAGGAAUACCACAAAGGCGAAAGUAUCAAAUUGACCUGCGGAGGUUCGGGUAAUUACGAAAAGAUGGAAUGGUUUAAGGACGAUACUCAAAUUCCUGAAAAUGAUCCGAGAAUUAAAAUAUUAGGUAAUGGUACUCUGAUAAUAACCGGUGCUAAUAAAUGGGACGGAGGCGAAUAUGAAUGCAGAGCCAAGAACAAGCUCACAACUGCAUCGGAUAAGACGAAAGUUGUCAUAUUAGAACGUGGCGAAGUAGUUCCCGAUUCCGAAGAAGCUGAGUCUAAAGGCGACGAAUUUGGAGGUGGCGAAGCCGAGGUAGGUGGUGAGGAACACAAAGAUGAAGUAGAACCAAAGGAUGAUGGAGAACCUAAGGAUGCUGGUGAACCUAAAGAAGGCGGGACCGAAGAGGUAGGAGAAGGAGCCGGAGAAACUUUAGGGGAGACUGGCGAGGGCGGAGUGACAGGAAUACCACCACCCAUAAAACCCGAGAGUGAGGCCGCGGGAGGCGAGGAAGUUGAAAAGGGCGAUGAAGAGCUUCCGCCAGCAGCGGGCGCUUGCGUGGACAACUCUGCUCUCAUGCAAUGUCAGCUCGUGGUUCAAGCCAAGCUAUGUCACAACCCUUACUUUGCCCAGUUCUGCUGCGAAUCUUGUACGAAGGCCGGACAAAGUCCCAAUAUGGCGCCAAACAUAGCUACAAUGGGAAAUAUGGCUCCUGGCACAGAAUAUUAUAGAUUGACUAAAAGACGUUUCAGGGAAAGAUCGCAAUAACAAAAAAAUAAUUCUUUCGAAAAAUUUUUUUUAAAAAAGUUAUAAAAUAUAUAUUUGUAAAUUUAUUAUCGAAAAG